GGUAAACGCCUUCCCAUGACUACAAGUUCCACAUUGAUUCCUCAUCAGCAUCAACGGAUAUAAAUAUCGGCCCCGGCCUGAGUCCGACUAUCGAAUUGUAUAAAGCUCUGUCUUCUCCUUGAUUUAAGUAGUUGUUCUGUCUUACAAAACUAUCCGUGCAGUUGCCUAUCAAACUCCAAUAUGCCUGACUACGCUUCUAUCGAAACAACCUUGGCUUCUAUAGCUGCAAGCUCUCAGACCAUCGAGCUUCUUCGAGAUCUUCACAAGCAAGCCCUCGACGAGCCUCCCUACGUCAGUACAGAUGGGCCUGCCUCUACCGCUCUUGACAAGUUUGUCGCGUUGGAUCCUGAUAAGUGUGCCUACGUGUAUCUCCUUCUGCGAUCCAUGAAGGCACGUUUCGUUGUCGAAGCUGGAACAUCAUUUGGUGUCAGCACUAUCUACCUAGCUCUGGCAGUUUCUCAGAAUGCUGGCUUGCAGCCAGGCAAGGUCAUUGCAACUGAGAAUGAACCUACGAAGGCUGUUAAAGCUCGCAAGUACUGGAGCCAAGCUGGUGAUGAUAUUGAGAAGUUUAUUGAAUUACGAGAGGGAGAUUUGCGAGAGACGCUCAAGACGGGUCUACCAGAACAAGUGGAUUUCCUCCUCCUAGAUAUUUGGACCCCUCUGGCUCUGCCUACACUCAAACUUGUCAAGCCGCGCAUGAAGCCAGGUGCUACAGUAGUUGCUGAUAACACUGAGGCAGCCAAGGCAGGCUAUAAGGAUUUGAUGGCUUAUUUGGAGGACAAUACCAAUGGCUUCAAGCUAACUACGCUUCCAUACUCUGGCGGCCUUUUAGUUGCCGUGUAUCUUGGAAACUAGGAGUCCCUUGACAGAUCAAAAGAGGCAUGAUAUCUCGGGAUUAUCUAAUUUAUAAGCGCGACAAAACUCAAGAAUACCUGUUUUUGACGUGUAAGCCAAAAGGCUGUAGGAAUCAGAUGGUUGUCUAUUGUAAAUCGAUCGACCUUCGAUCGCUGAUAGGAUUGGAGCCGAUAAAUCUUUCAAGGAAAUGAGACUUGUUUGGUUCAAUAAACGUACUAUUGAAGUUCUUCUCAUAAAUCCAAAAUAUCUUUCGUUGAUGCGCUCGAAGAAGAGCCCU